UUCCGUGGUGGUGGUGGUAGCCUAGUUCACCGUCAGUUUUGACGUUACAGCUAACGAUAGCUAGCUAAAGUGUUAACCUCGAACUGUGAGACGGAACAACUACAGCGUGCUGCUUGCAUUGCCUUGGAAUCAUCUCAAAUGCUCCUUUGCCACCUUGCCUCCAGGUCCCUAGCUCCUCGGUUGAGUGAUGCAGUCAGGGCCCGUCCACCUUCCUCAAGGCCUUUGGUUGAGAUGGUGCGGUACAAUUCAGACAUGGCCAAGUUCCGGGAGGUGUUCUCUAAGGCCAAGCACAUCGCCAUCAUCACAGGGGCAGGUGUCAGUGCCGAAAGUGGUAUUCCCACCUUCAGGGGUGCUGGGGGCCUUUGGCGGAAAUGGAAAGCACAGUGCACCUGACCCAGUAACCAGUGAUGCCCGCAUUCCUGUCAAUGAUUUGCCCAGGUGCGAGGACAGUGGCUGCAAUGGUCUGCUGCGACCUGAUGUGGUCUGGUUUGGAGAGACCCUGGACUCCAAUGUUCUGACGCAGGUGGAGAAGGAGCUAGACAUGUGUGACCUCUGCCUGGUGGUGGGCACGUCCUCAGUGGUGUACCCGGCGGCAAUGUUUGGCCCACAGGUGGCAUCACGGAGAAUUCCCGUGGUUGAAUUCAACACCAACAUCACCCCCAAAACCACCUACUUCACACAUCACAUUCGAGGGCCAUGCGGAACAACGCUGCCUCUUGCCCUAGCACGUCAUGAGUCGGAGGUCAUCUGACGACUCACGCACCUGAAGCCAGAGGACAUUGACCCCUCAUGGUCACUGGAGCUGCACAAAUACACCUCGUCUCUCUGGACAACUGGAAAGCUAUUUCAACUGCCUUAUUCAUCAGACUUUGCCAAUUUUGUCAUUGGAGACAUUCUCCAGUUUUAGGAAUAGCUUCUAUUUCGUGGCCUUAACUUGAAUGGGAUGUGGGACUGUGGUAGAGGGGUUUAACAGUGGGUUUGUAGUGUGAUAAAAUGUAGUAUGCAGAGCUGUAUUUAUUUUUUUGUAGGGUGAAUGAGAGAACUGCUGUCAUCUCACAUGAGCUGGUACUGUCACAUUACAUUUAAUGCUGUCAUCUCUUAUCAUAGGUGCUGGGACGCGUUUUGGUGUCUUCUAGUUUUACACUGCUACUCUUAUGUUGUAUAUCAGUGCAGACUGUGCAUUAGAGACUAUUCACAGGAUAUUAACAGUCAUGAUUUUCAAGUGCUGCUUCUGCAAAGGGAGAUUAAAAAGUCUGCCAUAGCUAUGUGGUUAGACCCACUCAGUUCGCAGGGUGACUUGUAAGGAUGGUACGUACUGAGAGCUUCAACAAUCAGUCUGGAAGUGACAAAGCAAAGUGUGUCAUUAUCUGUGCAUGGGAUAUGCAAGGGAUCAGCCAGGUAAUGCAGCUUUAAAUGCCAUGCAAUGGCUAGUUACAUAAACACAAUGCACUUUCAAAGCAGUUUACAGUUAUUGCCUUACUCUUGAUUAACCAAACAUUGUAUGGAGCACUUUGUGUAAUGGAGGAACGAUAUGAAUUGAUAACAAAUGGAAUGACAGAGGAAGCCAUGGAGGCUUUCUAAAUGAGUACCAAAACCCCAGGAGAUUAAAAGGAGGGGGUGGGGAUCCUUUCACACUGCUACGUUUCUAUGGCCGGAUCAUUCUGUUACAUUCCAAACCUUAGUAAAAACUGGAGGAUCUCUAUACUGGUCUAAAGAGGUGACCAAAGUGCCAAUAUUGCCUUUAUAUAUAUAUAUAUAUAUCUGUUUUUCCUUUUUUUUUUGGCUGUGUACGCACAAUUCUCACAGUUUGCAAUAUUCCGACUCUCUCUGAAUGUGCUCUGAGGUGAUGAUUGACACAAUGGCUCUAUAAGUUCAAUUCAAGUGACAUCCUUCCUUGUCUCUUGUCACUUAUACUCUCAUUUCUACUUGAUGUCUCCUUGAUCUCCUCGUGGUUAAGCUAUGGCACGCCUCUGUGUGGUAUGUAAUUUUAUGUCCAGAAGCACUAUUGGUGUCUUUCAACAUGCUCCAAGGGUCUAUGAUAUUAACUGUUUAUUGGAGAAGGGAUGGACCAAGCUUUGACCAAAUCUAGCAUGCAUAUUUCAUAACAUUCUUCUUUAAUGAACUGAACAGUCUCUUCAGUGUGCAAUGAAAUCCGAACGCAAUCCAAACUACAUGUUGUUUACAUCACUGUGGAAGCAUAGCUAUGCAUCACAACUGUGUUUCACUUCAGCUGAAAUUAAAUGCAAACACACUCUCAUUACGCACACAUUAAUACAAACUUAACACAUAUAACACUCAGGACUCAGCAUGAUGCUUUGGGAGACAGUGUAUCCUUUAUCUGGAAUCCUAAUAAAGAACUUAGAGAUGUG